AUGGAGGAAUAUGCCCGUGAACCUUGGUAAAGUACAUUUCAGAUUAGGCUGAGAAAUAAGUAAACCGUUUUCAAUAUUGGUCCGAUCUCUCUUUAGCCAACAUACAUGGUUAAAGAGUAUGCUUCACCAUAUGGUUAUGCCUUUCAUGCCUGAGUCAUUACAAAAAUGAUGGUUGAAUUUACUAGCAGUAACCUUAAGAGAAAUCUGGUGCUUACUUGUCCUUUUUAUUUUUUAUUUAACCUUUAUUUAACUCCUUGCUUUAAAUGAGAAUUGAAAUCGAGAACCAACUUCUCUCGUUGAAAACGACAUAUGGUCAAACGUUUAUUCCAGUGCCAAAAAUGGACAAAGUUCCCUGGAGAAUAGUAGAUGAUUGUGGUGGUGCAUUCACCAUGGGGACAAUUGGCGGAGGGGUAUUCCAGUCAAUCAAGGGCUUUCGGAACGCUCCUGUGGGCUUUCAGCACAGACUAAAAGGUAGUGCCAAUGCUGUGAGAAUAAGAGCUCCACAGAUCGGCGGUAGCUUUGCUGUGUGGGGUGGACUUUUCUCAACGAUCGACUGUGGUCUGGUCCAUAUUCGAGGGAAAGAGGAUCCCUGGAACUCUAUAACUAGUGGAGCGAUGACUGGGGCAGUCCUGGCUGCACGCAGUGGGCCCUUGGCUAUGAUGGGGUCUGCUAUGAUGGGGGGCAUCCUACUGGCCCUGAUCGAGGGCUUUGGGAUCCUUCUGACCAGAUACACAGCACAGCAGUUUCAGAACCCAAGUCCCUUUGUGUAUGACCCCAGCCAGCUUCCUCCGAAGGAUGCCAGCCAACAGCAGACUGGGUUCCAGUAGAGCCCAACUUGGUCUGGAGCUAAUGAGCCUAGCUACAGCCCUGCAUACUGUGACAGUCUCUGACUAGAGAGGAGAGAGGUGCUCUGUCACCUGACCACACAGCUGUCAGCAACCUCAGGGGAAUGGAAAUAUCUAACCUAAGCCCCCAUCCUCUCAAUGGCAAUAAGAAUGUAGAUGCACUUUAGUGUUAUUCCUCAGGGCUAGAUUACAGUUGAUUUGAGUUAUUUAUGAAUAUAUGUUUGUGUAUACCGGGUACACCAGUGUUCCUUCUGACUAGUCCCGAAUAAUACACACUUUUAUCAGAUACAUUUAUGCCCAAACCCGUCAUUUCAUGGUGACUGUAAGAAUGUUGGUGCUUUAUUACCACAGCUACAGAAAUAGAAUGGGUAGCUGAAAAUGUAUAGGCAUUAAUACAGGCAUACAAGUAUGGGAUGCCAAGAUUUAGGAUUAGAAAUUCCCUCAAUCUUAUCAGAAGUGUCGUUCAGAAAUGUCGUUCAAAACGGAUGUAUUUUCUCUUGCUUGUAAAAUGCAAUGCACUGAGGGAGGAGAACUGCACUAUCAUUUCAUUUCCUCUCCUCUUUUAUAAUUGUAUGGCUUAUAAGGGUCUAAAUCACAUCCCAAACGCACCAAUGAUUUGUUUCCAUUUGUGAAACUCAAAUAGCUGGAAUGGAAUGUCAUGACC